CAGCCUAACGCCGUUAGGAUUAUAAUAAAUCAUAGAAGGCUGUGUGCCAGCAGUUGAUUGUGUGGGUGGUUGUGAUUCCCGAUCUCGGCAACGUUCAUAAGGGGGCAGUAUAACGACCAUGGCAGGUCCUUACCUGUCAUCUCUUCCGGGUGACCUGUUGACAGAGUACAUGUUCGGCAGACGACGGCAACGCCGAAAUCGCACCACGUUCAGUCCUCAACAACUCCAAGAGUUAGAAGCUUUGUUCCAGAAGACUCACUAUCCGGAUGUCUUCCUCAGGGAGGAAGUUGCACUUAGGAUCAGCCUUUCGGAAGCUAGGGUACAGGUCUGGUUCCAAAAUAGAAGAGCCAAAUGGAGGAAGCAGGCAAGGCUGCAGUUACUACAGGAUGCGUGGAGGAUGAGAUGUCUAGGAAUAACCUCACCACAGUUGAUGUUGCCAGGUCGCCCAGGUGCUCCAGGUCCUCUACCUUCCGGAAGCGACCUUACGGGCGACAAACUUCCUCCGGACUACCCACCCGCCCCUUUACUACACGGGGGCGGUCUACCACCUUUGCCACCCUGUCAAUGCUCCCCUGGAGACGACAGUAGGAGUUCGCACAGUAUGCGCAGCUCGCCCAGCCCGACGGAGCUGUCACCUGGAGGUCCAGAUGAUCUCUCGAUCGCAAAACCUCUUAAUACCUCGGAUAAUGAUUACCCUCUACCUCCCAAGGACCCGGCUAAUAAUAAUACUCAAGAGGCGGGGCAUACCACGCAACUGCAAUAAAGUAUAGAUUGUUGUUGAAGAUGAUACUAGAAUGAGUGAUUAACGUAUUCUACCUGAGGAUAGCCAAUCAUAUUUCAGCAUCCUAAAAGUAAUCUUAAAUAUAUCAGCACCAUCUGUGAGACAGGAGCAGAACACAAAAAAAAUGUGAAAAGAGUUAGAAUUUUGGAUCUGCAAAUCUCUCAUAGAUGGCGCUAGGAUCUUCCAUCCCGUUUUUGCCUUUCUAAUGCCUAUUUUAAUUGAGUAUCUUCAAGCGGAAUGCGUUGAUGAAGAUACCCAAAUGAAAAUAUGAGCAUUAGAGAGGCAUCAAAAGAAAUUGGAGAUCUUAUCGCUAUCUUUGAGACAGUAGCAGAACCAAACACUCUAUAUCUCUUCAUUGUAGAUUUCUACAUUCAUGUUUGUAUUCUGUUACUAUCUUAUAGAUGGAGCUGGUGUAUCUCAGACACCUUUUUGGAUGCCGAAAUACAGUAUAUGGUUGGAUAUCAUCAGGUAGAAUAGAUUAAUCGAAGCUAGAAUUCAUUCAUGAAUUACUCCAAUUCCUAGUCGAUAGUGUUUUCAUUUAUUUUAGUAAAAAAGAGUGUGGGCUAAAACGUGGACUGGAAUAUGGACAAUAUUUGUGGAUGAUAGAUAACUGGAAAAUCCCCAUUACUUUUAUAGCCAAUUAAAAUCUCAUGUAUCGACAGAUCUUCUUUACUAUAAACGCCAGAUAAGCAUGGGGAUUAUCGACAUAUAAACCACAGGAUAAGUUUCAGAUGUUACAUUAACAGUGAAAAAUGUAUAUAGAUCGACAAGGUCGUUACUUUAAGGGCUAAAUUAUAAGUAAUAAGGACACCUACAGGUGCGUUACAUAGGAAAUGAAAUAAUAGUAUUCCAAAUAAUUCGUACAGAAGUAACGUAAAGUUCUAGUGUUUCAUGUUAUAGAAUCAAUAACUAUAAUCUCUCAAAAGAUAU